AAACCCAAAACAGAUUUCUGCUGAUGCAGUGAUGUCUGGAAAUGUCAAGGGCUCGCUUAUUGCCCCUUAAUGUAUCUCCCCCCCCGAACUGCAGUGCAAGAUUUUCUCCUGCGGUAUACAGCGAGCUGCUCACAGCACCGUGCCGCCAACGCCGCAGCUUUGCGAUCCUCUCUCCCUUUUUUUUUUAUUUCGCUCAUUUUCCAUCUCAGGCUCCCCUCACUACCCCAUUUCAAGAAUUCUUUUCUUUAAAAACCUGAUUUUGUAUCGUGCUUUACUGACACAGUUUGGAUGGAGAUGGGCACAGUGAGGUUCUAGGAUUUUUCUUCUUCUUCCUCUCCUUCUUCUUCUUCUUCUUUUUGCUGGUACAAUGUGAAGUUGCCACAUGACACCCACUGGCGCGCUGCUGUUGGGUGAUUUUACUCGAGGAUAAGACGCAUUCAAGACGUUUUCAAGAUCAAACCACGAGGCAGCAGCAACAAUAGCUGCAGAUGCACCGGAGAGGAGCAAUGGUCAAGCCAGCAAGAACCACAGUGGAGCCGCACUGAGGCAAAGCAGCCAGCCCCCCCCCUAGUAUCUGGGGACGUCUCCAACAGUUUCAGGGGUGCGGGGAGCUGAGGAGUGGAAAAUUUCCUCCCAAUCCUGAAUGCCUGCUCAGCCAGACUAACCAACACCCCAGCAAAAUUCCUCCCCCUCUUUUAAUCACCUCCUCGUCCCAAAAUGACCGUAGUAGCGGGCGAUAAUAUGGACGAGACCUCAGCUGUCCCUGGCCACCCUCAGGACACCUACCCCCCUGACCACACUGACCACGAGUGCUGCGAGAGGGUGGUUAUCAACAUAGCCGGUCUUCGUUUUGAGACGCAGCUGAAAACGCUCUCCCAGUUUCCGGAGACGUUGUUGGGCAACCCGAAAAAGAGGAUGCGGUACUUUGAUCCUCUGAGAAAUGAGUACUUCUUCGACAGAAACCGUCCCAGCUUCGAUGCCAUCCUUUAUUACUAUCAGUCUGGGGGGAGGCUGAGAAGACCGGUGAAUGUCCCCUUGGAUAUGUUCUCAGAAGAAAUCAAAUUUUACGAGCUGGGAGUAGAGGCGAUGGAGAAGUUUCGUGAGGAUGAGGGCUUCAUCAGGGAGGAAGAGCGUCCUUUACCCGAGAAGGAGUUCCAGCGUCAGAUUUGGCUCCUCUUCGAGCACCCAGAAAGCUCGGGCCCUGCCAGGGGAAUUGCCAUAGUGUCCGUGAUGGUGAUCCUGAUUUCAAUAGUUAUAUUUUGUUUAGAGACUUUACCACAACUGAAAGAGGAUCCAGCAGGCCGAAUAGAGAGAGUGGGGAACAUUACAAUUUAUUAUAAGCCCGACAUCCUUACUGACCCCUUCUUCAUCAUCGAGACUCUCUGUAUAAUCUGGUUCUCCUUUGAGUUGAUAGUACGCUUCCUAGCAUGCCCGAGCAAACCGGCCUUCUUCAAGAACAUGAUGAACACGAUUGACAUAGUGGCCAUCAUCCCUUACUUCAUUACACUUGGCACUGAGCUGGCUGAAGACCCAGAAAACGAGGGGGUGGGAGAGCAGGCAACAUCUCUGGCCAUACUCAGGGUGAUCCGUCUGGUCAGGGUGUUUAGGAUCUUCAAGCUGUCACGACACUCCAAAGGACUCCAGAUUUUGGGACAGACCCUCAAGGCCAGCAUGCGAGAGCUAGGACUGCUGAUCUUCUUUCUGUUCAUUGGAGUCAUCUUGUUCUCCAGUGCUGUCUACUUUGCUGAGGCAGAGGAGCAAGAUUCGCACUUUGGCAGCAUCCCGGAUGCAUUUUGGUGGGCUGUUGUGUCCAUGACAACUGUGGGCUAUGGGGACAUGGUCCCGGUCACUAUAGGAGGCAAGAUUGUUGGAUCUCUGUGCGCCAUCGCUGGAGUGUUGACAAUUGCUCUCCCAGUGCCUGUCAUCGUGUCCAACUUCAACUACUUCUACCACAGGGAAACAGAGGGAGAAGAGCAAGCCCAGCUGCUCAACGUCAGCACUCCCAACAUCCCGUCUGAAACCAACUCCAGCCGCCGUAGUUCGUCUACCGUCAGCAAAUCAGAGUACAUGGAGAUUGAUGGAGACAUAAACAAUAGCAUCGAUAACUUUAGGGAGGCAAACCUCAGAACUGGCAAUUGCACUAUAGCCAACCAGAACUGUGUAAACAAAAGCAAGCUGCUUACUGAUGUUUAGACACUAGCUAGGAAUUUUAGUCUCUCUACGAGACUGUUAUAGAUGGAGUAGACCGUAAGUUAGGAAUGCUUCAUUUACCUCCCCAAAGCACUCUAUGGCAUUAGGCCUGCAAUUAUGCUCAGCUAUACCGAAAGGAAGCAGAAAAAAAACAAAACAAAGCUGUUAGAGUACAUGACAGGUAGAAAGAAUUAUUAUUCUGAUACUACAAAUAUAUAGUCACAUCAGAGAGAAACAUUGAUCAUUACACACACACCAGGCUCCCUCGAGGACCCAGAGCACACGCCGUCUUCUCAGACCACAGUGUGAUAAUUAAAAUCUUAUAUGCAUGGAGUACAGAUAACAUUUCAGCAAGUUGCACAACCCACCAGAAAUGACUGCAGACAUGCAAGCAUCUGCGGCCAAAUGGUAAGCGCCAAAAAAAGUUAGGAGACCUCCCCCCGCCACCCCCACCCACACACACCCUCCCUCCAUUCCCCGUUCUCUCCGCAAAGGAUCUUCUACUCGGCAAAGCACCUUAUAGGAGGAAGACUGAUCUCUCUUGUUUGGAUAUAAACAGACGGCGAUCUACUUGCUUCACAGACAUCUGCAAUGCUGCUGUUUCAUUUUUGUUUAGUUUCGUUUUUUUCCUCAGCAGUUGCUGUAAUUGUGUCAUCACCAAGUGAUUCAAUGCCAUGCCCUUUAGACGCGACACAGCACAAUGAGAACGUGAGCUUCACAUGAGCAUGAUUAGAGACUUUCCAUUUUGAUAUCGGCAUGCACAAGACAUAUCUCACAACACCGGAAAGGAUGUUCUUUUGGAUAGCUGCCUCCAUUCCCUCCUACAACCCCCCACCCUGCCCCUCUUCCAUUCUGUUUUCACACCGAGUGCACUGGAUGAGUUUUUGGUUCGAAAAUGCAAAUCAUUUAGAAGUAUAGAAAUUGAAUGUUAAAUCUUAAGGGAACAGUACAUAAAUGAGAUCAUAGCAUGAAAAAAAAGUAACCUGCAUUAUGGUCUGUCAACUAAGGUACUUUUGUAUCCUGGUAUAUUUAAUGCAUGACGUGAGUAUACAGCUUGUUGCUAAAUCUUGGCACUUUGUGGUGCCCUAUUGUCAGGAAAACUAAGGAAAUCAAAUUCUGGAUGUCUCUGAAUUGUGGUCAAAUAUAUCCGAACCUACCUUCAGGAUGCAGAGUUUAUCAUUUAAGAGUAGGCAAAGAAACUGAAUAAAUAUUAUCAAAAAAGCAUAUAAUCCUAAUAAGCACCGAUUACUGUAUUAGUCAGUAGUGCACUGCAUGGACCUUCUUUUUUGACAACAGAACAGAUUAAAGUCAUGCUUCUGUCUCCAUCUCCAAUUUAGGUCAUGCUGGUUUUGAAUCCACCGAGAAGGAUAUUUAUCAGAAAUAUAUUCUGACUUUAGUUGCUAGUGCCUUUCCCCCUUUCAUCAACAGGACCAGUGAAAGUGCCUCUGUGUUCAGCGGUGUUUGUGUGGUUGUGCAGAGCUGGUCCACCUUCUGUCUUAGUGUUGAAACCGUGUUUGCUAUGAUGCUAUGAUGCCAGGUGAGCAGGUGAUUUGGGUCAAUAUGAUAGGAAAAAAAAAACAGAUCCAUGCUGUCAUGCACAAACCCGAUUUUAUGCUGUCAUGCACUUAUUUAUACCCUUGAGCAGCAAUGUAUUGUACUCUGCAUGUUUACCACUCCACUUCAAAAGGGAAUAUCCAUUGUUUUGUUUUUCAUGCUUUUCUUUGUGCACCAUGCAUCCUUUCAAGGUCUCUACCUCAGUGAGGUCAUUGCAAACACACUGCAGAGCUGCAAGCUUCGACGCAGGGUUUCCUAUACCAUAAUGCAAAAUGGAACCUUAAGUGUAAACUGCAGUCAUGCAAUAUUGAAUGUGAGAGUCCCAAAGCAUAGCCUUUACACAAGCACUUAGGGUAAAUAGUGUACCACAAUCCUGCUCCUUUUUUUCACUCAAAGCUACGCACAAUCAGAACGCGUUUGUAGUUUGUAGAGAUUGCCUGACUCUCCUAAUGGGAUGAGGUCGACUUUUUAAUGUGUCCGUUUCUUUGAAACAGUGCCAUGUCAAGUUACCGUAGUGUCACAGGAAAAUUAGCGAAUGUGUUUAAAAACGGCAGAGAAGUUGAAUCUAGUUUUAAAAGCUGUCACACUGAAAUUUUUGGGCAAUGUGAUGCACAGCAAAGUGAAGCCCAUCUCUUUGCACAGUUGUUUUAUUCUGCUGCGUAAGUCCUUAUUUUUCUUUACUAGUGAGAUUUUCCUUUCUUUUUGCCUGUGCUUGUUCAUUCGUCGUGCAUCGUUUCUCAGCAUAUUGUUCCAGACAAGCAGACUGCAGAUAGAGUAGAACAAAAUGUACUUGAAAUUCUCCAGCUACUGUACAUCAACCUACACUCAGUAUUGAGAAUAAUUUCUCUGAAUGAUAGCUAGAUUUUAUACUGUACUGUAUGCUAUUGUUAUUUUUGUUUUGCCUUGUUUCCUUUUACAUUUAGCACACUCCUGACAGUAUCCUGUAAAAAGAAAACACUGCAGUGCUACUUGAAUGUCAGAGUUGUUUGGUUAUUCUUUGCGGUGCUAGUACACGGCUACCGUUCUUGUUUUGCUCCCUUAACACGUUUCCUGCGGCUGAAGCAAGCCUUCCUGAAUCAUUUUGGAAAAGAUGAUUUCCUUCUCAGUAAUUUAUCUUCCUCUCUGUUAUGUUGUUGGUGGCUGGUUGAGUAGUUUGCGGCACUGUCCGUCAUUUCAUUUGGGACUGAUCUCUGUACUGUACUGAUGAAGCGUGUCCACCUCAGGCACGGCAAAUGUCAGUAAAUGCAAAAAAAAAAAAAAAAAUUAGAACGAUAUCACUCUAUCUAGGAUUUCUCGUAAAGAAUACAAAAAAUAUAGCAAUUUCUUACAUGCAGCUACCCAGAAAUCAUUGAAGGAUUGCAUGAAACGCCAACACGAGGGGAUGAAGAUACAAGUGAUUGCCCUCACAUUUACAUUACUGUCACUACUCCUGCUUUGAGGGCAUGUGUGAAUGGUGCUACACAUUCAAAUACCCAACUGAAACAUCCAUUCUUAACAGCAAUAGAAUAAGAGGUAACCUGUUCCUUAAAAGCUUUUUGUAAAAAUGGGAACACAACUUUGAAUGUCAGAAAAACACUUGACAGAUACAACAGGGCUGCUUAUGUACCAACCUCUUGUCUUUCGUUCUGAGAUUUUUGCAAAGGUCAGAGGGGUCAGCUGUAGAGGCUGACAUUUUCUUGUGAGAAAUCCAAAUGUAGGCUUUGCAGCAGUGGCCGUUCCCACUGAGCUCCCCGGUCGGACUGAAGUUUCGCUGCGAGGAACAAAGCCGCCCGAAGGGUUCAGUCAGACUUAUAGCAAAGUCCCAAAGGAAGAGCCUAGAGCACACUUACAGAGAAUCAGCUGUUAGAGAGAAAGACAGAGAAGGUGCCUAAAUUAUUUUACAUCCUCAUUUGUUUAGCUUCCUGUCAGAUGCUAUGCUUCUGCAAACAAACAUGAGUGAGAAGAUCUUUAAAAAAAACAUUUAAUUAAGAAAAAAAUAUCACAAAAUGUCAUGAGAAUAACAUGCAGUUUAGCUACAGUAAGAUAAAGUAACCAAUAUAUACUACAAUUAUAUAUGAGAAACAAUUUUAAAGUGUGUUCCUAGUUUCCUUUGUUUUGUUUGACUUGUGGUGGCACCGUAACAUGAAUGAUUUAGGAAGAACAUGCCUUAUACUGGAAUAUCAAAACAAAAUGUUCCUCCAAGUAAGCCAUGAUAAUGAAACUACUGUAUUAUGACCACGUGCUUUACACUAGAUGAUAUGGACAAGAAGUGUACAAACUAUAUAUAUUUAAAAAAAAAAAAAAAAAAGUUUGUCUUUUUGGUUCCAAGAAGAUGAUGAAAAAAAAACCCCACGAUUCAUUCAAAAUCACCACGUUCACAUUUUUUUUUCCAAAUCUCUACUGCUAAAAUGUAUCUCUACAGAAGUCUACUAAUUGCAAAAAACUGCAUGAUUGAUGGAAGAAUGCAUGAGCUUUGCCUUUCAAACUGUGGAUCAACUAUAAUACAGUUGCAUCAUUUAAAAGAAAAAAAAAAAAACAAAAGAAAGAAAACCCUUGCUUUCAUCUGCACCAAGGCUUCCUGUAAGGCCCUGUUCAGAACUUGUCGUGUCCUUUGCUGGAUUUCUUAAAAGCACUUUAGCGCUGACCUCAUCACUGAGACGGCGUUUGUCAGCGUCUGUGCGUGAUGUUCAGGUUGUGCUUGCGAGGCUCUGAAUGUGAGCAAGGACGUCAAGGGCUAGUUUCUUAGACUUUAUCUCCACUGUAGGACUGAAAUCCUCUCUCGAACGACAUUUCGCCCCCUCUGAUCUCAGUCUAAACUGUAACGACAGCGUUGUGGGAAACGUGUCCAGCUUGUCUAAACAGGGCCUGUGCCACACACCCUCCUCUGUACUUCACUGGUUUAAAGGCAUACUUGUUUAUUAAAAGUCUCGAUGUUGGACUGCUUUUUUCCAUUUCUUUUUGCCUGCUUAUAAAGAGGCACUGAACAUGACUGAAUGUUGCGAUGUUGUGUAUCUCACUUGCCAAAGGUGACAAUACUGGGAGAAGUUCUUGUUUGUAUGAGAAUGGCUACGAGUUUGUCUUUUCUGUCAGGACUGUACAUUUAUUCACCGAUGGGGAAGGACCUGUUUUUUUGUUUGUUUUUUUGGAGCAAAGCGCCUAAAGGACUGUUGAACUCGUCUCCUCUUCUUUUCAUCCAGUGAGCGAGCCAAACUCAAAUUGUGUUUGUCCAAUCCAGCCGCCAUUGUCAUGUUGUGUUUACCAAGGGUUAUGCUACAAUGUGUUCAGUUUGUCGGAUGACGACAAAGGCAUGGUCUGUGAUCUAUGCAAGGGUUACUUGUUUUUUUCUUAUAUCACUUAUGAUUUCAUCUGACAUUAACUUCAAUAAAUUUUUAA